CAAUCAAACAGACACCCUUCCUUUUUUUUUUUGUAUUUCCUUUUAACUUAAGAUUUUUUUAUUUUAUUUUUUUCAAAUCACAUCAUGGAUUUCAUUACUCAACUGCCAUAACAGCGUCAGAGAGUUUCUCUGCAUACCUUUGUUUUUUUUUUUUUGUUUUUUUUUUGUCAAUUAUUCACCGCUUCACCUUCUCUAAUUACAACGCACUCUUUAUACUUAUCAUCAUCUAAUUUUUUUUUCUUUUUUUCUUCAUUUAUAAUUUACUGGGUCUUGCGCAAUCUCGCUGUUUCAAAGCUUAUCCUUUGCUGGGUCGCAGUACAGUAGAUGAAACCCAUUUUUAAAUUGUAGCCAGACUAAAAAUUGAUUGCAUGGCACUUGAGCUUCGACACAUGAGAAGGUUAUAUUUAUGCUGUCUUGCUGCUUGCUUGUCUCAUAUUCUGACUGGUUUUAUAGACAUAUCAUCUACAUUUCAAGCUUCUGAACGGUGGUGUUCUUGACUGAAGAAAUGUGCUUUGUCUGAUCUAGACAUUGCAUCCGGUGUAAUUGUUUGGAAUUCUUCUGGCUUUCUGUUUUGGGCGGUAGAGAUUAGUCUUUUUAAUCUUUGGUCAUGGCAUCUGCACCAUCAAACAAGAUCGAGAUGGCUCACCAGAUUUACAGAGACGGACAGUACGAGGAAGCUCUUGGGUUUUACACAGAAGCCCUAGCCAUGGCCAAAACUAAGGCCCAGACGAUUGCUUUGCAUAGUAACAGAGCUGCUUGUUAUCUGAAAUUGCACGAUUUCAAAAAGGCAGCUGAAGAAUGCACAUCAGUGCUUGAGCUUGAUCAUAAUCACGCUGGAGCACUAAUGCUGCGGGCUCAGACACUUGUCACUCUCAAAGAUUACCAUUCUGCCCUUUUUGAUGUCAAUAGACUUAUGGAGUUAAAUCCUUCAUCAGAAGUUUAUCACAAUCUUGAAACUCGCUUGAGGACACAAUUGGCACUGGCUCCAAUACCUGAAUCUGAAGCUGAGUUGGAAGAAGAGGAAGAAAAAGAUGAAAUAGAACCAUGUGGACUUGAGGAAGAACAACGGAAUCGAAAAGAAGAUGCACCUAUUAUAUGGACUGAUAAGAAAAUUGAACCUUCUAAGACCACUGAUGCUGAAGUCAUUGUGCCUAAAGUACCAAAUGUCAACGGGUCUUCUGCAGUAAGUAGAGAACAAAGAUUUGAGACUAGAAAGACCAUUGCUGCUGAAGUUAUUGCCCAAGCACAACGGAAGGUUGAGCCUAGAAAGACUCUAGCUGCUGAAGUUAUAGCUCAAGCACAGAGGAAGAAGGAAUCAUCUUAUCAGAAUUCAAAAGGAUGGCAAGCAAUUCCAAAGCCUAAGGGGCACUCGGCUUUGGAUUAUGGCCGUUGGGACAGAGUUGAGGAUGACUCAAGUGAGGAUGAUGAGGACGACGACGACGAAGAACAGUCUCAGCCUAAGUAUCGAUUCCGUGUAAGAACUGUUGGUGUGCGACCUGUGAAGUGAAAUUAAAUAUGCAGAGUACUAACAUAAACAGCUGCACUUACUCUUAGCAUUCCGCGAUGAGAGAUACGAGAGAAAGGGAGUGAGAAUCAAUGGGCCGGGAGCUAAUCGCCACUUGUGUCUUAACACAGACGUCAAAGCACCCGAUGAUAGUGGAAGGAAUAUCGGGGUGGUGAGAAUGACCAAUGAGGCCAUGGAGGUGGAGGGAAGGGUCUUGGUGAGGGAACUUGUGGUGUUGGAUUGGGCAUAAGAGACUUAUCUAAUGUCAUCCAAAUAGUUUAAACUUUAAACUAACAUAUGCCCUCAAGUAUCUCUCCUACUAACUUCAGCUUUAUUAUUUUAGGGAAAUUCUAUCUUCUUGGUACUAAUAUUUAGAUGCAACAAUUCUUAUUCUAUUUUGUUGGACUUGAUUUCCAAGAGAUUUUCCCUGAGGUAUUUGCCCCUUCAAUCGGAUCAGACCAAAAACUUAGUCAUGAAGCUGAGAUCCUGCAAAAUUCAUGGCUACAACUUGGUGGAUGUGAUUCAAAAUAGGAGGAGAGGAAUGCUUAGACCUUUCAGCUACAUGUAUAUUUGGCUUCUGUAGGAUUGGCUUUUGGUGUUGUAACUCUAAUGUAAUAAAAGACUCUUGUAUUGUGGUUUUGAUUGUAAUUAUAUAAGAUAUUAUUUGGUUUUAGAUAA